AUGAUUGCAGAGGUAUUACUAGUACUCGCAGGCCACUCUUCGUCGUUGUUCCCAACAGAUCACAAUUUACAUCCUGCUUUCCGACCAUUACUGCAUCCAGGCGAAGAGCAAUGUCUUGAAGCCCUCGGACACAUAGCUUCCAGAUACCGCAAUAUAAAGAAGGCGUGUGCGACCCUCUCCCGGUCCAAGUCGCGUUAUGUCUGCGCACUCUGCGCGACGUUAAACCAGAUCCUAAGGGACGAGUACGAAAAACUUGUGGUCGAUACAGAAGCCAAGGUCUUGAAACGCGAUCCUGAUCUCGUUUCCAACGGGUCUUUCGUACCGCUUUCAGCUUUACGAGCGACUUUUGCAGAAUGGGACUCUCCUCUCACAGCGCUAGAGACCUUGAUGAAUCAACUACAAGCUCAGAAGCACUGGCAGCCCGGUCCCCUAAUUGACAUGUUACUCGCACGUUCAAAAACUGUCGCCGUCCAACGCGUCUGGCGGUGCCAGUUGUCUGCUUUCCUGGUUCACGGAUCCCUUUCUUCCUCCGAUCCUUUAGCAUCGGCAGAUUUCACGCUUCUAGAUGGCACUAUGCCCUCUUGCGUCUCUCCCCAAACAAAAGAAUCCAUCGUUUAUGUUGGUCGGGCCAUUGCGACCAUAAAAGCCAAGAAGUGGGAGAAUCAACUGCCGCGCGAGCAGGCGGUUGAAUAUGCUAAUUUGUUGGAGACCGUCUUACCCGAGGAUCAAUACAAAUUCGACCUCGUGAUCUCGCAGAUCAGGACAAAUGUCAGCGAAUGGCUAUGGCUCAACGUUCUGACGCGGAAAGACGUGGAAGAUGCCGUUAUAUCAUUGGCAAGUUACUUCCUUCUGCGUAAUGGUGAAUUCAGCUUAGCGCUCAUCCGUGAGAUCGAGCGCUUGAAGAUAUCACGGCUCACGACACGAUCAGGAGUGGCGUCAGUGAUUCGAGAACAAGAUUUAAAUCUGGCGCUCCUCCGAGCGUCUCUUGGUACAACCGCUCAACAUGAUCCGUCGCUUCUACAUCUCCAUUUUGAGCUUCCUGCCGGGCCCCUCAGACCCCUCCUGCCCUCAUUGGCAAAUUCCAAAACACUAUCUUCAUCUGUCGCUAGUAAUUCAUCCGAAGUCACAUCCUUUGAUGAUCUCCUUUUAGGCACAAAUCUUAUACUGUCGUACAAUGUCACCUGGCCUCUGGAUCUGUUUCUGCACCUUUCGGAUCUUCAGAUAUACGCAGCUCUUUUCAACUACCUCUCUUCUUUGCGUAAAACCCACACUCAAAUUCACACUUGCUGGACCUCGCUCUCCAACGCACAACGUGCGCGACGGCGAUGGACAGGCCUUGGCGAAGGUGGUACUGCUGAAGACCUCGAAGCGCGUAGAGAACUGUUACGCUGUGGGUGGGGUGUCGUGAGGGAUAUGGGGUGGUUCCUUGACACCCUUCUCGGUUAUGUCAUGGUCGAUGUCGUAGAUGUCGAGUUCAGAAGACUGAAGGAUCUUUUGGGAAACCCAAGUCGGGGACGUGCAGAAAGCGUGAGCAAGCACCUCAGUUCACAGAACAUUGCCGGCCAGGCCAAUGCAGAUCCCUCAACUUACCUUGAUUUUACUACGUUGCGAAAUAUCCAUACGACGUAUCUCGAGCGGCUGCUGACGGGGUGCUUGUUGUCUAAUCCCGCUCUUACUGCGAUCCUUCGGCCGAUUUUUGAGGUGUGCGAACGAUUUGUUGCGCAGGUCGAACGAUGGGGCGGAGACGUCCUACCUGCGUUGUUGUUUGAGGGGAGUUUGGCACCUGGUGCGGAUGAUAAAGUGGGUGCUAUGGUACAGGAACGGUUCCAAGUGGUGUCAGAGAUCAAUGAGAGCCUUCAUAAACUAUUUAACUUGUUCUACGAGCAGUUAUCACUCUCGACUUCUCAGCAGCCCCUCAUGGCCACUGGCGAUGCCUCAAAGUCUAUCUUGAUGAACGCUAGCGUGGCAAAUGCAUCAACAUUACAACGCACGUCCAUCCGAGGAAAGGGGUCCAAGGGUUUUGAGGGAGAGGGAGAAGUCCGCCGGCAUGUUGAAAGGCUGUUACUUCGGUUGGACUUCAAUGGGGCGUUUUCGAAGCCCAGAGCUAGUGCCAACGAACAAACCCAAUGGGAGGGUAGUAUAAGUAUUUAA